AUGAGGGGAGAUCGCAUCACUGUGCUGAACGUGGCGGAAAAGCCGUCGGUCGCAAAGGAGGCUUCGCGCCUCCUCUCAGGAGGUUACCAGAAUGCGCCGACACAGAGCCGCUUCAACCCUGUUCACCAAUUCGAGUUCUCGCUGCAAAACCGUAGCUGCACAAUGCUCUUCACUUCUGUCCGAGGACACCUCAUGAGUCUUGACUUCGCGUCCGCCUACCAGAACUGGAAUACGAUUCCCCCCGAAGACCUCUAUGGUGCCCCUGUGGAGAAGAAUAUCUCGCAAGAUGCCGGCGACGUCCGAAAGAACCUCGUCGAUUUGGCGAGAAAAGCACAAUGGCUCGUCCUUUGGCUUGACUGCGACAGGGAGGGCGAGAACAUUGCGUUCGAGGUCCUGUCCGUAUGCAGGGAGGCCAACGCGAGCCUGAACGUCUUUCGUGCGGUCUUCUCCGCCUUGACAAAGGCAGACUUGGAACGCGCAUGUCGCACGCUGCAAGCGCCGGAUCGAAAUCAGUCAGACGCAGUAGACACACGAUCAGAGAUCGAUCUGCGCAUAGGGGCAUCGUUUACUCGCUUUCUCACGAUGCGCUACCGCAGUCGCGUCAAACUCCCUUCGCCGACUAUCAGCUAUGGUCCGUGUCAAAGCCCAACACUCGGAUUCGUCGUCAGCCGGUUCGUGGAGGUAGAGAAUUUCGUGAGGGAGGCGUACUGGACAAUCCGCGUCACCAUCAGCAAACCCGACGACGAGAAGGGGGCGAACGCGCCGCCGCUGUCUAUCGACUUCACAUGGGAACGCCAGCGUCUUUUCGAUCAGCUGGCUGUUCUUGUCCUCUACGAGAUGUGCUUGGAGAACCCUGAGGCCACGGUGACGGACGUCCGAGGAACGGAGCGAACUAAACAGCGGCCUGUUCCUCUGUGCACCGUCGAACUGCACAAGAUGGCAAGCCGGAAGCUGCGAAUGUCUUCUGCCCGGUGCAUGUCGAUCGCGGAAAGUCUUUACCAACGCGGUAUCAUCAGCUAUCCACGCACCGAGACAGAGGUCUUCUCGCCAACUAUGGACCUUCUCUCUCUCAUUCGAGUGCAUAUCGGGAGCACUGCCUGGGGAACAUAUGCUCAGAAGCUCGUUGAUGGCGAUUUCCUUUGGCCUAGCGACGGAGCUCGAGACGAUAAGGCACAUCCUCCGAUUCAUCCUCUAAAACUUAUGCAGAGGUCAGAGCUUGAGGAGGAAGAGUGGAAGCUCUACGAAUUUGUCACCCGCCAUUUUCUCGCCUGCUGUAGUGAAGACGCUUUCGGGUUUGAGACGCGCGUGGAAAUUGAUAUUGCAGGAGAAGGAUUUUACGCCACGGGCCUCACCGUGCUGGAGCGACGGUGGCUGGAUGUCUAUCCCUAUGAGCAAUGGUCCGGGAACCGGCUUCCGCGCUUUCUGGUGAACGAACGAGUCAUGCCUUCGUCGAUUCUGAUGAGUGAAAGACAGACAGAGCCUCCGCCGUUGCUGACAGAAGCCGACUUAAUUGACCUCAUGGACAAGAAUGGAAUUGGCACCGAUGCAACCAUGCACGAUCAUAUUCGCACGAUCCAGGACCGACAUUACUGCUACAAGAAUGAAAAUAUGCAGUUCGUGCCCACAGACCUAGGCGUCGCUCUCUAUCAGGGUUUCAAACGCCUUGCAGAGGUGUCCGGUGUUGACCUGUCGCUCCCAGAUCUACGAGCGCGCAUGGAGGCGGACAUGGCUCUCGUGGCGCGAGGGGCGAAAACGAAGCAAGAAGUCCUGGACCUCCACGUGUCGGAAAUGAAGCGCGUGUUUCUGCUUCUCAAGUCACAUGCGGCACACAUGGACACAGAAAUGCGAAAUCGCUUGGGAGGCCUAGAAGACAGUGUGGGCCGAGACGGUGUCACUCUGGUCGCGAACUUCUCAGAGUGCGGGAAAUGCAGAGCUCCGAUGGAUCUCAAAGUGUCUGGUGGCCCUCGUGGCGACGGUAGCGAGGGAGGUGGCAGAAGUCGGCGCCGUGGAAGAGGUGGACGCCAUCCAUCUACAGCAGAACAUACAUCCGCUCUCGUUAAUCGAUUUCUGGUAUGCACGCGACUCUCACAGGGGUGCCAGACCGUGCUUCUUCUUCCACCCAAAGGCGAGCUCGCACCGCACGCAGUCCGAUGCGCCUACUGCAGUUUUCAGGCGCUGAGUGUUACGAACACACUCACGAAGAAGACACAUCAGUUGUGUCCACAGUGUUUCCGGAAUCCCCCGCAAGAAGAAGCGAGUCACCUCCAGGGAGAGGCUACACUCAGGUGCUUUGCCUGUCGGCAUCCCGUAGGUUGUUCCGUACUUGCAUUGGAGACUGCGAAGGACAGAUUUGACUUUGCUGUGUGCCGACUUUUUUCUUUUCUUGUUAGCUUUCUCUUACAGUUAUAUACGCGCUGGAACGUGUCCUACAUAGGCAGACACCGUCAGUCACACAUGCUCACGAUGGUUCAGUUUGUGUUUGAAUAUUGGCAGAGGUACAUUCACGCUCCGCAUAUGCUGCAUUCCCUCUCUUUGUCAGUUCCAAUGGAAACCACUUUUUCUUCUUGUCUAUGCUUUGCAGACAUGUUCGCUGGCCCGCCGGGCUCGGGAUUCAUGAACCGUGGGUGCCUUUGUUUGCUCCCCGGACAAUAA